CCUGCAGCUCGGCUCUCUCCACCUCCCAGUGCGCUCUCUCCAUCUCGAAGCGGGCCCACUCGUGCUGGAUGUAGUGCAGGAUGCCGGGGAUGGUGUACUGAGGAGGCCGGGCCGGCAGGUCGCACGCCGUGUCCGGGGGGACUCCCUGGGGCUGGGCCUGCGGCCUAGGAGAGGCCAUCCCCGCGGCCACGGCCAGAUCGUCCAUCCCAGCGGGCUCCGCGCUCCGCCACCGGGUAACCGGGACUGGGGGGGGGCGGCGGGGGGUCACGUGACGUAUCCGGUUACCGCUAUCUGAGGGAGCCCCGCAAACCGAGCCUAUAACCGCCUCCUCUCUACACUCCUGACGGCCGCCAUCUUUUCACGCCCCCCGGGGGUCCGGUAAGCUCCGCGCGGGGAACUCUGGGUAGCCGGCCUCCGCUCGCCGCCUCCCGCUUGACGGCGUCACUGCGCAUGCGCGCGGCUCGCUCUUCCAGACGUCACAAAGGCAAAAAAAAAAAAGAGAGAGCGCCUCGCGUCACGUGACCACGCCCCUCCUCGGGGACACUCCAGGAUCCACUCUCCGAGGCGUUCCAGGUGACGCAGGUCCGCGAGCGCGCGCGCGCACGCACGCACGCUCGCAAACCGUCUUCCCGAAAGCCUCUGGGCGGCAGAGCUCAACACCAGAGACGGAGUGCCUGCCAGCGACAUUUUAGUGAUCCAGGCAUUAAGGCUCUAUUGCUUACCCAUGACUGUGACCGUCUGCUGACAGCGAUCCCAGCACCGUGAGUAAUAAGGCACCAGUGACUUCUCCUAACCUGACCUGUGACAUGGUAACUCACAGGGCUCGGGCUCAUUUGCAUACAGAGAGGGGGAUUCUGGGAGAAUUGUGUAAACAUGAUUUCUUGGAAUUACUGAGCCCAACAGGGAGGUUCCCCAAAGUCCUACCUGACAUAUGCAGAGGACAAAAACCAGAACCAUGUUAAAUCAGCGAGGAGUAAAUGCCUUCAUUCUCACCACAACUUAUACAGGGUGAGGGGUUUACAAGUAUUAUGGCUGUAAGAGCAUUAUGGGAGAUGUAGUCCACUAAACCCGGAGUGCCCAAUGUUGCCUACCCCAUAAGAGUGUGUUUCUCUUUCUGAAACCUGGACUCUGUGACUUUUCAUUGACUUCUCUAGUAGUCAUUUAUUCAAUGAACAUCCUGUAAACCCCUGAAAUGUUUCAAAAAAGCUGAAGCGCUGUGGGGGUUUAUAGAGUAUGCCAUCACUUCGUAAAAGUGCCAUUUCAAGAGAAAUCACUUAGAAAGGGACAUACCCUCUCAGCUGUCACUCAUAGAGCUAGGAAGGCUCUUCCUGACUGCUUUGUACCAAAGCACAAAGUGAAACACAGUGCUUUUCAAAUAUAUUGGAUGCAAUGCUUCUCAGAGAGUUAUUGACCAUUAUUUGUAAUUUUAAGUUUAGUGAAUAACCUUGUAAAGUGUGACAAUGCCUGUUCCCACAGCCGUCACUAAUGAUUGCUGGGGAAGUGACAAAAUGUGACAGCGUUAGCUCCGCCUAUCGUCAAGAUUUGUCAGGAAGGGGAAUAAGGAAGAAAAGAGGAAUAGCUUAAAUAAAAAAUUCAUUUGGGGUGAUUGAUGCAAACCAAAAAUACUCUGAAUACAGUAUUUAGAAUAAAACAACAAUUUAAAUGUCAAUGGAACAGUACCGAUUAUCAGAAAUGUGCCAAUUCUCAUGCAUCUGUCAUUUUACCCCACUCGUUUUGUUGGUCCAACUGUGGUACACCACUGUGAAACAUGCUGGCAUUUUUUUUAAAAUAAUUAUUAUAUAAAAAAAUAACUAUCCACGCACUUUAAUGACAAAAGUGUUUCUCAGUAGCCAUUUAAAUGUAGGAAGUCAUGCAGAUGAUUUAACAGUCAUAUUCAUUAUAUUAUUUCCAGCUUGUAUGCUACCAAAGCCUUGUAAAACCCAUUGAGAUGAUAAAAUUUGUGCUGAUCGUUAACAAGCAAGGACAAACCAGACUGUCACGGUAUUACGAGCAACAAGACAUCCAGAAAAGGACGCUGCUGGAAUCCGAAGUCAUUAAAUUGUGCCUGUCACGCUCCAAAGACCAGGUAAGCUUAUAUCUUAAGGCCUCAUCAAGUUAUUAUUCAAGUGAAAGUAGAGCAAAAUGUUAAAAGUGCAACGCAACACGUACAGAUACAUAUUUUCUACUUAUAACUCUAUAUCAAAUAUAGAAACGUGGGAUAAAUCCUGAAGGUGGGAGUGCAUAAGUCAAGGGUCAAAACAUGAUUAUAUGCAGAAACACCAACAAACACACUGAGAGCACAGAAUGACUGAACAACUUGCUUGAGUCAUUUUGUGCUUUUGAAGAGAGCGCCUAUUCAGGCCACACCCAUCACCGACCUCCCACCAACUCUCAGCGUUAGCCGGGAUUGGGGCAUUUCCCUUAGAGACAAAAUGCACCAAUCCGUGUGCAGGACUGAGCCCAGUACUUGGUACUCCAUUCCAUCUCUGUCACAGAUGGAAUGGAGUACUGCUACCACAUGUCCUCGGACCCUUCCUUAGCAUGGUUUAUCUGUAAUGGGUGAUUUUUGAAGAAAAAUAAUCUUAAUGCACCCUAAAUUCUUUCUUUGUUCCUUUCAGUGCUCCUUUAUUGAAUACAAAGAUUUCAAACUGGUAUAUCGGCAGUAUGCAGCACUUUUCAUCGUAGUGGGCAUUGAUGAGUUUGCGGUAAGAGCCAUAUAACAAUCCUCCCAUGAAAAUAAAGAACUAGUGCCAAACCUUAAAUUGUAGCUCCAGGGUCUACAUUGUAUUUCCCCCUUUUUUUUUUGCAAAUCUUUACUUCUGAGAGUUUAUGGCCGUAUAAAACAGCCAAAAAGAGACAGGAGUCAGAAUCUUGAGAGAACUGAAACGUGGGAGGGUAUUUUCCCUCCAGAAGAAACUAGAGCAAUAUCCAAGUGGUGCAACAUAAAAAUGAGACUUCUGGUGUAAGGUCAGCAUUCUGAAGCUGGUAUAAGAGUCCAUCUUUUAAGUAUGCAGAAUGGCGUUCCCCUUAAACAAAAGGAAGCUCCUGUGCCAAGAGCAAGGAAAAAAAUAAAUAAAAAUGUUGCAAAGCUUGAAUUAAAGAGGCAUCUCAUCCAAAACCAUGAUAUAAUUAAAGGAAAACCAUUAUAUGUAUUAUGGUUUUUGUGUAUUCGGUAAUGCUUACGUAUUACCUUUUUUUUUUUUCAAUCUUAGAUGCAACUUGUUACGUAGUAGUAGAAAGAGAGUGUGUAAGUGCGUGUCUCCUUUUUAAGAUGGUCCUGUCUAUGGAAAUCUACAUGUUGCCAGAGUGCAGAAGACAACCAAAUGAUUCUUAAGAUAUGCCCUUUGAUCUUUACGUGCAUAUUUGUGUAAACUGUAUAAAGAUACCCAGUAAUAAAAGAGUAGGUGGUAGGGUGAGGUAUGAAUAUAUAAAUUGUGAGACACACUUAACUGCGCAAUCAAAGAGUUAUUACCGGCUCUGUGGGUGUAACAGAUUUGACUAAGGAUAUGCCUGUUGAACCAGUAAAAUCUCAUUGAUUCUUUUGCUAAACGUAAAUCACUCGAGUUAUUCGUAGCCGAGGAGCAGUGAGUGCCAAUUUGAAUAAUCUGUGCAUCAUAGUGUUUCUUGAUAAUUACAGAAUGAAAUGGCAGUGUUUGAACUCAUCCAUAAUUUUGUAGAAGUACUGGACAAGUAUUUUAGCAGAGUGGUGAGUACAUAAACACUAACACAAAAUAAAACUACUCAAGCUAAUAAACGUACAGAAUCACACUUUUAACCAAAAUACCACCCUGUAUAUUGCAUAUGUAAAGCACAUUCAGAUGAUAUUGGGAGGGGUUUUACAUAAUGUUAAUCAUUUUUCUAUCACACUUUGAGGAACGUGUGUAGUAGAAUGGGUCACUGAGCGAAUUCCAUACAUAAUGUAGUUAAAAGAUUAAAAAAAAACUUAAACUGUUCCAACAAACAACUGGGUGAUAUGAAUCUGUUUAAACUAUUCUCCUUUCUUACAGAGUGAACUUGAUGUAUCCUUUUGUAAAUACAAUGUACAUUCCUAUUUAACUGAUGUCAUGAAAUGAAGGGUGUGUUCAGGCACACAAGGGUGGCAGGUAAAUAAACGGAUAAAAGAUUCAGAGAUGAAAGAGUUCCAUGGACUGUGUAAUUAGGCCAGUUGAGCUUGUGAAAAAGUGGACAGGGAAAUCUUCAAGUCAACCAGGAUAGCAUUUACAGGUUUCACAGACCAAAACAAAUGUACAAACCAACAUAUAUAUACCUCAAAUAAAAAGACCUUUAUGGUCCGAUCAUUAAAAGUAGGUGAGGCGCAGGAGGGUGGGUAGAGCAUUUUCAGACUGGAGGGCUCCACCUCACAACUUACAGGACCUGCUGCUGGCUUGUUGUUGCAAUAUACCACAGGACAGUCAGAUAUUGUGAAGUACAUGCCUCAAUGCAUCAAAGCUGUUUUGGCAGCAGCAGGAGGACCUACAUGGUAUUAAGCAGGUGAUUUUAAGGUGGCUGAUCAGUGUAUGUGUUAUUGCAAGCAUGUUGAGUAAUGGAGACAUUCCAAUAGUAAUGAUUAGCUAAAUGGUACUUUGAGGUUAAGAAACACCCUUCUGCAGAAGUUAUUUUCAAUGUCACUUUUUCACAUUCUAUGUUGCAUAAUGAGCAUUGGUGCUUUGCAGGGCUGCAUUCACCUGGGGUGCCGACCUGCAAGGGAAACCUCCUGCUGGGCUGCCCUGCUGCUGGUUUGCUGGACAAGCUGCUCCUUAGCCACCCCCCCAGCGCAGCCAGUCACCUGCUGGGCUCCCUCUGCAGCCCAUUACCUGCUCAGGGAGAGGGGUUUACUGUAACCCCAACACACCGGCCCUGGUGCAAGGAUAUUAAAGGGUUAACUGCCUGUUUACCCCUCUGCUUUGUUUUGUAAAAGUGACUUUUUUGUAUAAAUCCCAUCAGUAACACCAAUAUACUGCAUAACUCAUUAUUCAAAGUGGAAGAGACCUAGUGUUAUAAUUAUAAAAAGGUUAGUUUUUUUGGAUUAUUGCAUUUUUUUUUAGUCUGUAGCCUGUAAGUCUAUUCAAUGAAUUAAGCAGCCUUUCUAGUACAGAAUCCACUGGUUCAACAGGUAAUGUACAUCAUGAAGGUUUAUUUGAAGAUAGGAAUGCACAAAAAUAAAACAAUGUUUUGGCCUAUAGGCCUUAACCAUGUAUGAUAAGGAUAUUUUUUGUGUUCAUGAUGCAACUUACCUGUUAAACUUGUGGAUUCUCUAUUUGAUACUAGUACUCUGAGAACCUUUAACACACAGUACUAGGUAGUGCACUGGUUUCUACUCAAACAGUGCCUACUCAUCUUAUCCAGUUUAAAAUUACUAUUUUUCCAUUUGGGUAUACUGUGUAAAAAAAAAAUACUGAGAAUAAAAAUGUAUAUACAGUAUCCCUGUGCCACAAACAUACAAUUUUAAAUACAGUAGAUAUACCAAAUUAAGACUUAAGUGUUUACAUAUUCUGCUUGCUGGUAGUUAAAGGACCACUAUAGUGCCAGGAAACACUUUCCUGGCACUAUAGUGCCAUGAGGGUGCCCCCACCCUCAGGGUCCCACUCCGGCUGGGCUGAAUGGAGAGGAAGGGGUUAAUCCCUUACCUUUUUCCAGCACCUGGCGCUGGGGACUCUCCUCCUCCUUUCCUCGUCAUCGGCUGAAUGUGCAUGCGCGGCACGAGCCACGCGCAGCCAGCCCAUAGGAAAGCAUUCUCAAUGCUUUUCUAUGGACGCUGGCGUCUUCUCACUGUGAAAAUCACCGUGAGAAGCGUGUCUAGCGGCUGUCAAUGAGACAGCCACUAGAGGCUUGAUUAACCCUAAUAUAAACAUAGCAGUUUCUCUAAAACUAUGUUUACAGCAGAAAGGGUUAAUCCUAGAUGGACCUGGCACCCAGACCACUUCAUUGAGCUGAAGUGGUCUGGGUGCCUAUAGUGGUCCUUUAAGCAAUAAGUAUUGGAGGUGGGACUUUACAUGUUCUCUGAUAAAAGAGGACAACCCUGGAAGAGUAAUGUGUUUCUUGGUCUGAUUAAGAACCAAGGUUAAGUGAGGGAGGAAUUACUAUUCAAAACAUUGUCUAGCUUGUGUAUAUAUGGAUUAAACUUGCCUACCCAAUAAAUAUCUGCCUAUACGACCCUUACUGAAAAUGAAUGGGUUCAGUAUAUGUCCAUCUACUGCAUCACAGACUGCUGACUUUGUUUACCAUUUCUGCAAUCAACUAUUCUUGACUAAGGGGUCACACAGAUAAUGUUUAACCUGGACAAGGUGCACAUCAUUUUGGACGAGAUGGUGUUAAACGGCUGUGCGGUGGAAACAAACAAGACCCGCAUACUCGCUCCUCUGCUUGUGCUGGACAAAGUAGGCAGCAGUUGACGGCGUUUGCUAGAACCACAAAUGGAAUUCAACAGCUGCUCAUAGUUACUGACCUUUGCAAGAGCUCAAGUUAUGGGUCUAGUUAGAAUGGUCGAUCAGUUAAAGUGCAGCAUAAUGCACAAAAUGCUAAAUAAAAUAAAAAAAGACUAGAUAUGAAGAUGGAUCAACUACGAUAUAAGUAGGCCUUUCUUUCACCAGUAUAUUAAUAAUGUCCAUACUCAGUAAGUUGUAAAAUAGUCUCUACAUUAUGUAAGCAAAAUGCAAGAUAUUUAUAAAGCUUCAACUAUAUACUUACCGGACUUUAAAUCUAGUCCGCUGCAUGGAGCUGUAUUUUCCCACCUACAACCCUAUAAUGAAUACAGAAACAUGUGCAGCCCAUGCAAUUAUGUUUAUGGCUUGAAGCAGGGGUGGUCAAAACGUAGCUUCAUAUACAACUUGCUAUCCUUAAAGCAAAAAGCAUUACGUUAAUAGCGGAGGCAUCCACAUUGUUGGCAAUUUAUUGUAGUUAUAAGCUAAAAUUGUGAAGGGGAAAAAAAUGUAUUAUCUGUAUGUUUUUGAUAGUAUUUUCAUUUUAGACUAAGGAAAUGAUGCACACUUGAUCUGGAUCCACAAAUAAUAAAAAUAAUAUAAAGGUUUUCUUGAUUUUCUGAUGCAGAUAAAGGAUUCAAAAACAUUUUCUAUUCUGUGUUGCAAACAUAAUUUUAAUGGUUAUCUUUUUAGCACGCAUACUGGAAGUGUGUUUUUAAAUGUCUUUUAUUUUUUAAUAUUUUUACUUCAAACUGCAACAAGUUAAAUAAAGGUUUGUAAUAUACAAAGAAAAUACAACGAGAUAGCAAAAACUUGCUUAUUUUCUUUUUUCUUUUUUUAUACCCCAUAAGUGCGAGGAACACCCUCAAAACACAGGGCUACAGGUUACCCUAGACAGUCAAAGGUUAGGUUACUUUGCACUGGUAUCUCAUUUUUAGGGGGUUUCCGUAAUCUUUCAUUUUGCACAAACACUUUAGUUUGAUCUGCAUAGCAGGGGUAUUUCAAAAAAAGAAAAACUGGAAAAAAGGAAAAAAAGACAGCAUUUUCCCACAUGAGGACAAACCUAAAAUAAUAAAGGUGCAAGAUUAUAUUUGUGGGAUCAGGUAACAAAACAAAGAGAAAACAAGAGGGCUGUAGGCAAUUCAUUUAAAUAGUGCAGGCACCAUUGUAAGGGAUGCAGGGAAGAUAAAAGAAAAAGACAGGGGGGAAAAAAAAAAACAGCUUCAAAUGUUCAUUAACGAUCUACGUUUCAAGAAAGCAGCUUUCAGGUGGGUUGGGUUAAAGCUAGCGAAGAUCUGACGCAGGAGGUGGGUGACUGGGGAAUGCCGACGAUGUAGUGUAUUAUGUGUAUACAGAAACCGUUACACUUUUACAAAAUGUCUGAAUGCAGAUAAGCAGUGACCCUAACAGACAUAGUUUCGAGGUGUUCCUCUCCUCUUAACCUUUUUACGGCUGCUAGCAGUAAAAAGUAUUCUUUUAAAGUCCGUCAUGCCUGAAGACAAAUUUCAUCGUUAGCAGCUAACAAAUUAUAAAGUAAAAAGGCGUUACACCCAUUAUCUCCUUUAAAGCCUCGCAGAGGGGGUUGUAAGAGACACACAGCGAGAGGAAGGAAGGCCAUGUCUUUUCUCAGCACACAAAAACACGAGAGAGAGAGAGAGGGAGUGCGCUAGUAACAAAAGGCAAUGUCCAACUAGGCACAGCACUCAAUUAAGAUGGAAUCCUUUCUCCAUGGUAGCAGCAAGCAGGCGGUCUCUCAUUAUCUCCUCGGAAGAAUACUCUGGUAACUUUAGGUAAUGCACGCAUGUAUUUACAGAUGGAUAGCUGGCAUCAGUAGCAUCAACCUGGAAAAGAAG